AUGGAGACUUUGGCUAGGUCACAACAUCGCCCGGACCUGUCAGGUGUACAGGUUAAGGUUCUUUGUGACGAUGACGAGGAUCCACCGAACUGGCAGACAGUUGCGCCGGAUGCUGAAACACGCGCAGACCUUACUGAAGAACAAAAUACCCUCCUUCGCGAAAUGAUUGAGGAGUACAAGAUCAAGGAGCGCAGGAUUGAGAAAAUCCUCUCGCGGCUGAGCAAAAUCAAGAACCUUAUUGUGAGCAAGUUGGACCGGGAAUUCGACAAUUUUAUCCUUGAUAAGGAAUCUCCGGAGGAGAAAUUGAUCAUACUCUCGAAAAUUUAA